AUGAAGACUCUACUGAGUAUUAUAGUGUUGGCCAUCUUCUGUACUGACUGUGUGCCUGAGUUUAAUGGGAAUGUACCAUCUGCUUUGAACAAUACCAAUGUUACCAAAGUGACGAAUGUGGCAGAACCUGAAACUACAACGUCUUCAGAGCUCCUCCGGUGUCACGUGUGCAUGGGCACCUUCCAGUGCCAAGCGCCGCAGAAUUGUGCCCCUGAUGAAAAAUUCUGCAUGAUUGUCGAAACUGAGGGGAAGAGCAACAACGUGAUCAAGUAUUGUUCAAUCAGGUGCCCGUUUAUAGACAAGUUCCAUGGAAGAACCAGUGACAACUGGUACCUUGCCUGCUGUGCCGAGGAUUUGUGCAAUUACAAAAAACUGGGGAGUGGGCACAGGCUCUGUGCUAGUGUCCUAGUGGUGGCAAUGGCAUUUGCAGCAAGCUUUCUUGUGACCCUCAGGAUUGGACUGUGA